AUGGCACUCUCCGAAUGGAAUCCAGCCGCUGUCAAGAACGAGCGCUGGCUUUCUAGCUUCUCGAUGACGAAAAAGUUGUUCAAUUUGAACAUACGAAGGAAGCACGACCUCGCCGCAGACGUACAAGGCGGCUCCCAAUUACCAGAUUCCUUAUCUCGUAACGAGGCGACUCCAGUAGACCCAUUAACCCCUACAUCAGCUGUAGACCGAUCCCAGGAAGACGACGCUCCAUACAUGCAAGGAGCUUCCAAGGGCAUGGAUCCUCCGUCCCAGGCUCCCACCGUGGUGGUAUCUUCUGCCGAUCCCCCCUCCCCUACGACACCGGUUUUACCUCAGAACCUCGUCGGCGCUGAUCAAGACUUGCCAACCGCCUUGAAUUUAACUGACCCCUCACGCCUUGCACCUGAAACCCAAGGCGAUGCUUCCUCUCCAGUUUCGCCUACUUCUCCUACGUCCCAACGGGUGGCAGGCGUCAAGGCGGGGGUUACCUCUACCAAAGAAAUUAAAGAGUGUUGCCCAUCAAAUGGAAGAAAUUUAAGCGUGAGCUUCGAUGGGACUUUGGGCGAAUUUGGAGUUAUGAAUAGCAAUGUCAUAGAAUUCAACAGUCGUAUCAUCAAAGAUAAAAAACAGUUGUCGAACUAUAUCAGCGGCAUUGGAACACGCGGGUCCUCGAUCAUUAGUCGAAAAAUUGACUCUGCAAUCGCAACGACGUUCCAAAGCAGUGUCCUCAUGGGGUACGAAUGGCUUUGUAAUCAGUACAAACCAGGGGACAGAAUAUUUCUUUUUGGCUUCUCUCGUGGUGCAUACCAAGCCCGUGUAGUCGCAGGGAUGAUUGAGCGCGUUGGCCUACUUUAUCGGGGGAACAAUAGUCAACUUCCAUCUGUGUUCAAGUUGUAUAUGGCAAUGGAAGAGUCUUCGACUUCAUCCGCCACUACAGCCGUCGCGGAGCCAAAUCCAACGGUUUUAGUGGCAAAGGAAAAAUGCAGUAUAUUUAAAAAAGCAUUCUCGCGACCGAGUGUGAAGGUCCACUUUGUUGGUGCAUGGGAUACCGUAUCGUCCAUCGGGAUCGCUUUGAAGCCAUGUUUCCCAGAGACUGUUGACGGGAUGUCGCAUGUCUGCCAUUUUCGUCAUGCGCUUGCUCUAGAUGAGCGACGAGUCAAAUUCUGGCCAGAGUACGCAAACACUGACGCACCUUCAUCUGGAGCUCAACGCGGUGAUAUAAAGGAGGUGUGGUUUGCUGGAUCCCAUUCUGAUAUUGGAGGAGGGGGGAUAGCGAAUCCGAAGCUAGCGAACUUCGGGCCAGCAUUAAGAUGGAUGACAUAUGAAGCAAUGUUCCAUGGCCUCCGUAUGGAACAGUACUUGGGGAUAUGGAAGGACAUUGAGCCGAGUACAUCGUUGAAGGGACUGUGGUGGAAUCUCCUUGAGAUACUUCCGCUACGGCGCCCAUCAGGCGUGGAUGGAGGACGAACGACGCGAGUACCUCACCUCGGUGCUCCUCGACGGAUACACAAAGGACAAUUCAUUCAUGAAUCAGUAUUUAAGCAAAUGGGGUUCGACUUGCAAUCUACUCCUGGCGAUAAAGACCAUGCUCAAGGUACUGGUGGCAACAGCGACAUUGCAACGAAAGAGCUUCCAAGCCCACUUUCGGUCAUCGUCUCUCAAGGCACCGCUGGAAAGCACGGGUCAUACAAACCACCAGCCAUCUUCUACGACACUGCGGUAACAUGGGAGAACAUUGACCUUUUACGAGAGAUGAUCGAAGCAGAUUACUUUUCAUCCGCCGCCUCUGCGGUCCACCGACUAAAAAGUGCAUACACGAACAAGGAUGACAAAGAGCUACUUCUUUCAGCUAUACAGGCUCUCCACUCUCACGUCCUUUCUGCUCCACGGCUUAAGUCCCUGGCCGAGGUUCCUGGCGUGCUGGGUCUACUUUUAGAGGUACUUAAAGUACUAUCCUCGUUAACUCCCGAUAAAACUAGGGCGGUUGACUCCUCCUUUGCUACUCGGGUUAUCUUCUCUGCGCUUGCAUACGUGCCUUCACAGCCUUCACACAAAUUUGCAGUCAAAGAUUUCCGUACCCUUGCUUCGCAACCAUUCAAGAUUAUUCCCGAACAUAUAUAUCGUGAUGUUAUCAUCCGUCAUGGAGAUGGAAAACUCGAAGAGAUUUCCACAGGCGUCAAAGGGACGUUGGAGUACAUUUCCUUCUCAAGGGAUCAAGACUUAAUAUUCUGCGGUUCUUACGAAGAGGUCGCAAUUUGGAACCUUGAGACAAAGACGACGACUCAAUCUGUACCACUCGGGCGCAUCGAAACCGUAGAGAUUUCCGCCGAUGGCUCACAGUUUGUGAUCGGAUUAGGAGACCACGUGCAAUUGUGGGACGUGCACACAGGAGCCAGGGUGCAGGACUUCGUCGGGCAUUCCUCCACGGUACUCAUUGUGACACUCUCAAGUGAUGGUAAGAUGGCAUCUGGGUCGAUGGCUGGAUCAAUCCGAAUGUGGGAUUUGAAGAGCGGUGAAGACUUGCAUGGCGAUAUGGACCGUCACUGGGGUCCGAUCUGGGAGCUAGCUUUCUCUGCGGAUAACACUCGAUUAGUGUCGGGAGGUCAUGACACGACAGUGCGGCUAUGGGACACAAACACUGGAGACCAUCUAAUGGUGCUACGAGGGCAUACAGACGAAGUGUGGUCCGUUGCAUAUUCCCGCGACGGUGCAUACAUUAUCUCUGGGUCAACCGAUACGACAGUCCGUGUAUGGGACGCAAAAUCUGGGGAUGUGAGGACAUUGGAAGGACACAUGGAUGUGGUUACAUGUCUGGCCUUUUCAAAGGAUGGGACGCUGAUUGCUUCUGGAGGGCAGGAUAGAACGUUGCGUGUGUGGGAUGCAUCUACGGGUGAGGCACUCGUCAUAUAUGAUGUUGGGAUUCGGCUACGGUCAUUGGCUUUCUCUCCAGAUGAUAAGCAGCUUAUCGUAGGUUGUGCUUACGGCAAGAUUUUCAUCUGGGACGCCGAAGUACUGCUUUAG